UCGAUGCUGGCAUCCCAAAUCGCCUUAUGGUUGUUAAGACUUCAACGGUUUUUCCUGUAUCUGCGAGAAUUUGUUUCGGCAAAGGCAUUAAGAGAUAAGAGCGGAGAGUUGGCGCGGAUUUAUCAAGGUGGACAUUCAGUUCAAUUUGAAGACACCAGGCCUUUCUACCGAGCCAAAGAGCUACUUCGUACCCCGGUCCUGUCAUCCAGGUGUUGUUGCCGUCCUGUGACGGAAUUACCCUCUCAGCUGUCGGGUGAAAGGAAGAGAGGAAGCAAAGAUGCCGAAACCGAUCAACGUCCGUGUGACCACCAUGGAUGCAGAGCUGGAGUUUGCCAUCCAACCUAACACGACAGGGAAACAGCUCUUUGACCAGGUGGUGAAGACGGUGGGACUGCGGGAGGUCUGGUUCUUCGGUCUCCAGUAUGUGGACAGUAAAGGCUACAUCACUUGGCUCAAACUCAACAAGAAGGUGACCCAGCAGGACGUGAAGAAAGAAAACCCUCUACAGUUUAAGUUCAGAGCCAAGUUCUUCCCAGAGGAUGUCUCAGAGGAACUCAUCCAGGAGAUCACCCAGAGACUCUUCUUCCUGCAGGUGAAAGAGGCCAUCCUGAACGAUGAGAACUACUGUCCUCCAGAGACGGCUGUUCUCCUAGCAUCAUACGCCGUCCAGGCAAAGUAUGGAGACUACAACAAAGACGUCCACAAGCUGGGCUACCUUACCCACGACAGACUGCUCCCUCAGAGAGUCCUGGAGCAGCACAAGCUGACCAAGGAGCAGUGGGAGGAUCGGAUACAGACCUGGCACGAGGAGCACAGAGGAAUGCUCAGAGAGGACUCCAUGAUGGAAUACCUUAAAAUCGCUCAGGACUUGGAGAUGUACGGCGUCAACUACUUUGAGAUCAAAAACAAGAAGGGCACACAGCUGUGGCUGGGCGUGGACGCUCUCGGCCUCAACAUCUACGAACACGAAGACAAGUUGACACCAAAGAUCGGCUUCCCCUGGAGUGAAAUCCGGAACAUUUCUUUCAACGACAAGAAGUUUGUGAUCAAACCGAUUGACAAGAAAGCUCCAGACUUUGUGUUCUACGCCCCACGACUGCGCAUCAACAAACGGAUCCUGGCGUUGUGCAUGGGGAACCACGAGUUGUACAUGAGGAGGCGGAAGCCCGAUACCAUUGAGGUGCAGCAGAUGAAGGCUCAGGCCCGGGAGGAGAAGCACCAUAAACAGAUGGAGAGGGCUCAGCUGGAGAACGAGAAGAAGAAGCGGGAGUACGCAGAGAAGGAGAAGGAAAGGAUAGAGCGGGAGAAAGAGGAGCUCAUGGAGAGGCUCAGACAGAUUGAAGAGCAGACGAUGAGAGCUCAGAAAGAGCUGGAGGAACAGACUCGCAAGGCCAUGGAGCUGGAGCAGGAGAGGAAGCGGGCGAGAGAGGAGGCCGAGAGGCUGGAGAGAGAGAGGCAGGCGGCCGAGGAGGCCAAAGCAGAGCUGGCCAAACAGGCCGCAGACCAGCAGAAGAACCAGGAGCAACUGGCUGCAGAACUGGCUGAAUUCACAGCCAAGAUCGCUCUGCUGGAAGAAGCUAAAAAGAAGAAAGACGAUGAGGCCACAGAAUGGCAGCACAAGGCUCUGUCAGCUCAAGAGGACCUGGAGAAGACCAAAGAGGAGCUGAAGACGGCCAUGACGGUGGUGCCGGCUCCUCCAGGUGGCAACACGGAGAACGAGCACGACGAGCAGGAUGAGAACCACGCAGAGGCCAGCGCCGAGCUGUCCAACGAAGGGGUCAGCCAGCUAGACCUCCGCAGCGAGGAGGCGCGCGUCACCGAGGCGCAGAAGAACGAGAGAGUCAAGAAGCAGCUGCAGACAUUAAGUUCAGAGUUGGCCGAAGCCAGAGACGAAACCAAGAAGACACAGAACGACGUCCUACACGCAGAGAACGUCAAAGCGGGCCGAGACAAAUACAAAACCCUGCGCCAGAUCCGGCAGGGCAACACGAAGCAGCGCAUCGACGAGUUUGAGUCCAUGUGAGGGCGCGUCUGCUCCCGGACUCUCGGCGGAUGCUCGGUUUUUCAUGGACAACAGAUGCUCGCCCAGGCAAUCUUGAGAAAUCAUCUUGUCAAAAAACUGCCAAAGUCCUGCCCCACGUUUCCACUCUGAAAUCUAACGGACGUCUCCCUCGUACGGAGCUGCCUACGCCACUCUGAACAAGAUCAUCUUUAACCCUUAAAAGAAACUGUAAACCAAAAUCCAAGCGUUUUUAUUUUGAGCUAACAUGGCCAUAGAAAGCUGCGUUUUUGUUGUUUGCUUGAAGGUUUAGGAUGUUUUCUGUUAACUAUUACCUGUUCUGUUCUUUUGUUUUUAAGUAAUCCCUGCUGCUUUGGUUUUGUUUGUUUUUUUUAAUCAAUGAAGCCCUUCUUUUAAGUUGUCUAACAUGAAUUUAUCAAAGGUUAUGAUUGGAGGGAAACAGUAGGUCAACAUUUCAUUCAGCAUCAAAGCUAUGUUACAUUUAGUCCAAACAUAUCACAAGCUAAUUAUGCUAAAUCUCUUUGUGAGUCCGCAUAUAUCACAAUAUUAUAAAAAUGACUGCAGUGUUUGAGCAGCUUCAUGCCAGGCUGAAUAAAACAUCAACAACAGCAGUAUUUGAAUGAAAGUGAAGCUCGUAGGGAAUAGAGCCACCUGAAAGCAGGUUCUGAUGAAUGAAUGUAGCAGAGGUGACAAAGGGAAAGUGUUUUUUACAUGUAGGGGUGCAUCGCCCUCCAGUCAGAAAGUGUUAAUGGUAGUCGUGCGUGUUCUCCUCAUGCAUCCUCGUGUUUGAUUCCCAGUCACCACGGAUGGUUUUCUCUGCCUACCAGCUCACAGAGGAUCUCAGGGUGAUUUUAAAGGACAGACGGAGGAACAGAUCGGCCGUUUGUCAGUCUGUCUGAUCAUGUAAGUGCGCGUGAAAGGCCAAGUAUGAAUGUGUGCAUGCGUGAAGAGCCCGCUUCCUCUCUGACUGGGGAGCUUAUGAAAACAUCAGUCCUCGACCCUGGGACAAGUCUCUACCUCAGUAAUGUUAGCGGUGAUGGCUGAUCGUCAAACACUUGUGAUGCCUCCCCUUCCCGCCUCUCCAGAAGGUCAAAAAUGAAAGUUACAUGGUUGCUGUUACAUAUUUGGGUGGUGCUUUUUGCAGCUCAGUCGCUAUGUGAUUGAUUUGUAAUGAUUUUAAAAGAACAAAUGAUACUGCUAUUUUAAACCUGGGCUUAUAUUUACAUAUUUUGAACUGUAAAAAGUUCUGCAGUGGCUCCAGUGAAGUGUCUAGUAAUAUUUGAGAAAGCAUUUCUGAGGAACCACAGCCUCUCAAAGACACCAAGUUAGCUAUAGUAAAAGAAGGAGUUGUAGGUCUACGUCUUCCUCCAUCUGCUUGUGUUGUCAAGUUUUAGGCCAAAGACGUACUUACCAUUUAACCUGCUUGCAUACAUGUUCAGCUGUUAGAGUUGCAAUGAAGCUCCACCAUUGUUAUGCCUUAUUUAGAGAGUCUAACUAAUAACAUGACAGCCUGAUAUCGCAUGUCCCCGUCUGUGCAUUUAGGCAUCAGUGCGUGGAAGUGGAAGUUUCUACAGAUGUCAUCAUUACAGUCCCUGCAAAUGCAUCUUCUUUGACAUUUCAUUAGCGUGUCAGAAUGUCCUCAUCAGAUAUGAGUUGAAAGUAUGAAAACUAAACUAAUACAAAGAAAGCCACGGAUGCACUGAGCUUAAAGUUUUUACGGUCAGUCUUUUAACCAAAACACAGAUCUGAUUUCCAGGAGUUGCAGGUCUACGUCUCCCUCAAGUUGCGGGUUAAGUGUUGCCACAACAUUAAGCCUCCAGAAAAGAAUGACUGCCCAAGGAAGAAGUAGAUCACCAAUUUGUGUAAUUUGCAAGGUGUGAUUUACAUCUGCGUUUCAGUCAUUUCUGAGGACGAGCACAGCCCUAGGAGGUAGACCACCAACUCCUGAGUAUUGCAAGUUAAAAGAACCAGUUUUGUCAAGAGUUUUGAAGUUUUGAAGAGCACUUGGCCCUGAAUUGAUUAAGACGACAAAAUCGAAUAAUAACACUCCAGAAAGAAAUGACUAACCAAGGAGGAGGUAGACCACCAACUCCUGUGUUUUGCAAGUUAAAAGAACCAGUUUUGUCUACAGAGUUUUGAAGUUUCGAAGAGCACUUGGCCCUGAUUUGAUUAUUUAAGACGACAAAAUCAACUAACACUUCCAUAAAAUUGUUACUGCCCAAGAAGAGGUAGACCACCAACUCCUGUGCUUUGCAAGUUGAAAUAACCACCUUUAUCAAUGUAGUUGUGCAGUUUUGAAGAGAACGUGUCCCCUAAAUGACUUUUUAAGAUUAACAACAUCAAGUAACAGUCCAUAAAAUCGUGACUGACCAAGGAAGGUGUUUUUCGAGGAUAAGCACAGCCUCAGGAGAUAUGUAGCAGCCAUCAUGCCUAUGCAUGCCCACAAGUAUAGCUCCAGCCUACUAGCUCUCUCCAAAGCAACCAAACUCCCUUUGAUUAAAGUCUAAUUUAGUUGCUGCAAAACAGUGGUGUUGCUGGUCUACCUCUCCCUUGAGCUGUAUGUUGUUGAGUACUGCCACAACAUUUAUUCAGAUUGAAACUGAAAAUUGAAAUAAACAAAGUCAACAAUGUCCAUUCCAGGAAAUAAUGACCACUGCCUAAGGAGGUGGUAGACCACCAACUCCUGUGUUUUGCAAGUUAGGAUAACUGCCAUGAAAAUAUCACCAAAAAAGGAUGUAAGAGAAUCCUGGCAGCAGCUGUAGACCUGGAAACCUUAAAAAGACAAAUUGGAUUGGUUUCUCUUCUGCCAUUAUCAGAAGUCCUGCUGCUGCUUCUUUAAAUUAGGCGACAAAGAAGAAGUGGAGAACAGCUCACGUUGACUGUGUUUUUUCCACUUAUCCCAAAUGUAGAAACUCCAGUGGUUUUCAGAUCUAUUUAAUAUUAAGAACUUAAAAUAUGUAAAUCACAGCCCAUGUUUAAAAUGAGAACUUUCCCUUUAAAUGUCAGUGUUUUACAUGUAACAUGGCGUCUGAGGCCGUUUCUCGUUAAGGAUGGACUCAUUAGAUUUAGAUGCUUUUACAGAAUAAGAGGAGUUAAACUAACAUGAAGGGACCUCUAAUUGCUCUAAUAUUUAAAGGAGAGCAGGCCAAUUUCCUUUUCUAAAAUCCUAUUAAACAUUUUAGCGCUCAGACAACAGAUCAACUCUCUGGUGGGGUGGAAAUGAGCUCAAGGGUGCAUUUUUUGAACAAAGUUUUCCUUUUUUAUUAACAAUAUGAUGAAAAUGUUUAUGGUAUUAUGUUGAGGUGACAGCUGGUGUGGGUUGAUCUUUUUUUAAUAGUUUUAAAGUGAAAGCACUUGUAUGAGAGCGGACACUGAAGCCUGCCUUUUGUGUUGAACUCCACAGUGUCCAUUGUUCGGGUCACGUUUGCCAUAGCAGGUGGAAAUAUGAACUCGUGCUUCCAGACCAUAUUUUUUUGUGUUUUGUACAAAGAAGCUAAACUAGCAGAAAGCAUCGCACACUGGACGACUUCAGUGGAGGGGAAAACUCUUGUUGACACGUCCAAACUGCCCCCACAUUCAAGCUGUGAGGCUUCAGUUGAAUGUUUUUGGCCGGGCUGUCCCCUCCAAUGAAGCCGGGGUGUGUGGUGAUGCCUGCGCUGGCACCAGCUGUCACAUCUUUGCUGUUUUUUUUCUCAUUAUGUUCAUGUUUAGUGUUGUUUAAGAUAGAUGGCACAGAUGGACUGCAGUCCAUUUUCAUUGGUUCACAAAUAAAAGUUUUAAAUUUUGA